AAUCCAGCAGAAGCAGAUAAAACCACCAAAACGGAGGAUAACUCCAGCAUCCAAGAUUCCUGCCUCAGCAGUGGAGAUGCCUGGAUCAGCAGAUGUGACAGGAUUAAAUGUUCAGUUUGGAGCUUUGGAGUUUGGAUCAGAGCCUACGCUCAUAGAAUUUGGAUCAACUUCAAGCAGUGAGAAUACCAGCCAGGCAACCAACAAUAGCUUGUACUCAAAAUCUGUCAAUGAUCCUUUGAAUACCUCUCUGCCAAUAUCCAAUACAGUACAGGAGUCUACCUACACAACCUCUGCCACCAGCUCUUCCAGUCUGACCUGCUCAUCCCAGAUCACUAGCCCAGUAACAACUUCCUCCUAUGAGCAGACUUCUGUUCUUAGUAGGAUAGUGUACGAAAGCUCCAUGGCUCCAUCUGAACCAACCUCUGUUGCAGUUACAAACGGGCACAGCACUGUUAGAACACAGGCAACUCUUGACACUACUUCAUCAGUUCCUGUGCUUAAGACAGAGCCUUCUCCCUCACUACCUUCUGCUGGUUCUCUGCCCAGCAUGGUGUCCACUACUGCUUCACUUCUGCCUUCAGCAUCGCAGCAUGCAGGAACUUUGCCCAGCUUGCCUCAGUCCAGUGAUCUGGCCAGCAGCUCACUCUCACAGUUAAGCAGCAACCUUUCCAAUCAUCAGAGCAGCCUCUCCCCUGCCUCAGUGUUGUCUUCAAGCACAUCACAUGUGCACUCUAGUGUUGAGAACACAACUUCACUUCAGCCUUCAACAACUUUUUCAACUGCUUCAACCUCAGCCAUUAGCACCACCUCUUCGGUUGUCAGCAUGGCAAGCAGUAUGAACACUACAGCUAGCCUUGGCCUGAAUGUUACCAGUGUGUCUGCUACCACACGGGCAGCUCCCUUAAUGUCUUCAGGCAAAGCUCCCCCAAAUCUGCCUCAAGGUGUAUCACCUUUGUUGCAUAACCAGUAUAUUGUGGGACCUGGAGGACUUCUGCCUGCCUACCCACAGAUUUAUGGUUAUGAUGAUCUCCAGAUGCUUCAAUCCAGGCUGCCAAUGGAUUACUACGGAAUUACAUUCCCUGCUCCUGCAACCUUGACAGGCAGAGAUGGAAGCCUUGCUAACAACCCCUUCUCAGGUGAUGUAACAAAAUUUGGCCGUGGAGAUUCUGCCUCCCCUGCUCCUACUACCACGCUCGCUCAGUCGCAGCAGAACCAGACUCAGACUCACCAUACAACUCAGCAGCCAUUCCUCAAUCCAACCCUGCCCCCGGGGUACAGCUACACUGGGUUACCUUAUUAUGCUGGUGUGCCCAGUGUUCCCAGUGCAUUCCAAUAUGGGCCAACCAUGUUUGUACCUCCAGCAUUUAAACAGCAUGGAGUCAACCUGAACACCACAUCGACUCCUUUUCAGCAAGGGAGUGGCUAUGGGCAGCAUGGCUAUGGGGCAGGCUAUGAUGACUUAACACAGGGAACAGCAGCUGGAGAUUACAGCAAAGGAG